AAGAUCAACAGUUCAAUAUCAGGCCUCAAUGAUAAUGUUUUACAAAUGUUUUCUGUUCUCUCUGUAUUUGGUCCCAGGCAUGGAUCCAAACGGCACGCAUCCAAACGGCACAGAUGGGGCCAAGUCUACAGACGGACUUGGUAGAAGUCCUGCAGGCAUGAUCCUUCUCUCUCUCACUCUGUCUGUGCUGGCUGUACUAACCACAGCAAUCAACUCCUUAGUUAUCAGUGCCAUCAUUGUCACUCGCAAACUUCACCACCCUGCCAACUACCUUAUUUGCUCUCUGGCUGUGACGGACCUGCUGGUGGCCAUCCUGGUCAUGCCCUUCAGCAUCCUCUACAUUGUGAAGGAGACGUGGGUCAUGGGUGAGGUGAUGUGCACCAUCUGGCUCAGCACUGACAUAACCUGCUGCACAUGCUCCAUUUUGCACUUGGCGGCUAUUGCUGUGGAUCGUUAUCGCGCCAUCACAGAUGCUGUGGCAUACUCCAGGAAGAGGACGUCUCUAAGGUCUGCUGUCACGAUUAGUGUCGUGUGGCUUCUGUCCGUUCUCAUUUCCCUACCUCCAAUGCUCUGGAGACACCACAAAAAAGAACAGGAGAACGAAUGCCUCAUAAAGCAUGAAAACAUUGCUUUCACCCUUUACUCCACAUUUGGGGCCUUCUACAUCCCCCUUAUACUCAUCCUUAUCCUUUACUACAAAAUAUACCAAGCAGCUAAAAUUCUUUACCACAAAAGAGGGCCCAGCCCCAUGAAGAAGAUUGAGAUAAAUGGACACAAGAUCCCUAUGUGCUCAGACAGAGAACAGCAGAACCAUGAUGCACUCACCCUACCAGAGAAGUCAAUGUCAGAACCCUCUACAGAGGGCGACAGGGGACGCAUCUCUGCAGCAAGCCCAAAUUUUCAGCUUCACAGUGAGAGGUCGAUCAAAAGACAACGGAUUUCAGGGGCACGUGAAAGAAAGGCAGCCAUGACACUGGGCCUCAUUCUUGGAGCAUUUGUCAUCUGUUGGCUGCCAUUCUUCAUUCAGGAAGUGAUUAUCAACAGCUGCAGCAGUUGCAUCCCCUCCAGUGAAAUAACUACAUUUUUGACCUGGCUAGGAUACCUUAACUCCCUAAUCAACCCACUCAUUUAUACUGUCUUCAAUGAGGACUUCAAGAAAGCCUUUCAUAAACUGAUCAUGUGCCGGAAUGAGCUAUGAUUCAGAAAAUGGAAUAUCAUUGCUUUCAUAGAAAACAUUAAAUAUUGAUGUGAAAUUUUGAAAAUGGGAGAGAAAAUGAAGAUUUCUGUAAUGCAGGUGAAUAUUUAAAACUGAUGACUUUUUCGUAUUGUUUUCAUACUUCCAGUUUAUCUGUAAAAAUACACACACUGCCCAUCAAAAGUUUGGUGACACCUUGCUUUUUUUCCAAGUGAAUUUUGACCUUAAAUGAUCCUGAACACACUUUAAAACUGUGCAGGAGAAAUUUGGAGAAGCAGUGCUGUCUGGAACAGUCACCCAACCUUCACCCAAGAUGUACUGGGAUGAGUCAGUUUGAAAGGUUUGAGAGACAGAGGUGUCCACUGGGAUGUCCUGCAAGUGGUACAAACUCUCUCAGUAACAUAUGCAUAAACUUUGUCCACAGUUUGUGUGAAGAAAGUGUGACAGUUUUUAUUGCUGAGAUUUUUGAAUGAACAUAUAUACAUUAAUUGUCUUUUAUUUAUCCAUUCACAUACACUAUAUGGCCAAAGGUUUGUUGAUACCUGACCAUCACAUCUGUAUGUGCACCUUCCCCAAACUGUUGCCACAAAGUUGGAAGCACAUAAGUGUACAGAAUGUCUUUGUAUGCUGUAGCAUUACAAUUUCCCUUCACUGGAACUAAGGGAACCAAACCUGUUCCAGCAUGACAAUGUCCCUGUGCACAAAGCGUGCUUCAUGAAGACAUGGUUGGCCAAGGCUGAAGUGGAAGAACUUGGGGGUCCUGCACAGAGCCAUGACCCCAACCUUACUGAACACCUUUGGGAUGAACUGGAACACAAACUGCAAACGUGGCCUUCUCGCCCAACAAUACCUGACAUCACUAAUGCUCUUGUGGCUGAAUGGGAAAAUCCCCACAGCCACGCUCCAAAAUCUAGUGGAAAGACUUCCCAGAAGAGUGGAGGUUAUUAUAACAGCAAAGGGGAACUAAAUCUGGAAUGUGCCAUUCAAAAAGUACAUACGAGUAUUAUGGUCAGGUGUCCACAAACUUUUGGCCAUAUAAUGUAUUUACAUCUGAUAUUUUCCUCAAAACCUGAUUAAUCCUUAAUUUAUAAUCCCCAAACACUGAAGUAGAUUACAGGCUGAGUUUUUUUUCAUUACAAACAUCAUACAUGUAAGGUGGUGUACGAAAAUAAUAAAUCUUAUGGGAUUAUAAUAACCAUAAAAUUUAAAUAACAAAUCUGCUUGUAUUUUUCAGUAUAAUUCUUAAUGUUAUUUAAAUUGAAUG